AUGCCACCAAAAGGCUCUCGCAAGUCCGCACCGGCAAUACACAAGACACUGGUACUAGACAAUGGUGCCUACUCGCUGAAAGCUGGUCUUGUCCCGUCGCAAUCUACGUUACCAAGCUACAACGAAUGCUGCGUAAUACCAAACUGCAUCGCGCGCAGCCAUCGCGAUAAGUGCACCUACACAGCGUCGGAACUCGACGGCUGCAAAGAUUUUGGCGAGUUAGCCUUUAGGAGACCGGUAGAGAAGGGCUUCAUUGUCAACUGGGAGGCCGAGAAGGCGAUAUGGGAGCACGAGUUCAUGGGCGCGAAGGAGGCGCUGCGGGUAGCUGACGGUGCGCAGUGUGAUCCCAAGGAAACGAAUUUGGUUCUGACCGAGAAGCCGAGUUGCCCUAAGGAACUGCAGAAGAACUGCGAUGAAAUAGUGUUUGAGCAAUUUGAGUUUGCGGCAUACUACCGCUGUGUUGGCCCAACAAUGGCCGCGUAUAACUCGACGAGUUCCGCGCCGGCGACAGCACCACAAGAAUGUCUGCUCAUCAUCGACACCUCGUACUCGGACACGACGAUACUACCGCUGUAUAACGGAAAGCUGCUGCAGCCGGCCAUGCGCCGUCUCACAGUUGGGGGCAAACUGCUCACGAACUACAUGAAGGAGCUCGCCUCGCUGCGGCACUACAACAUGAUGGAGGAAACGUACUUGCUCAAUGAGAUCAAAGAAGCCGUGUCGUACGUCGCACCUUCAUCCCAGCAAUAUACCAUAGACCUCGAGCGGACGUGGAAAGGGAGACUUGGGGACGGUAGACAGGUGGACAGUAGCGUGGUGGUGGACUACGUCCUGCCAGACUACGAGAAUGCGAUACACGGGCACGCGCGACCACACGAUGCGGCAAAGUCAAGGAUGAAGCGCGGUAUGGCGCCGGUGCAAGGACCUCGAGAGGAUCUGCUGCCGCUGGGGAACGAGAGGUUCGCGGUGCCAGAACUGCUCUUCAACCCAUCCGACAUAGGCAUACAGGAACGCGGGAUCCCUGGCGCGGUCAUCGAGUCGCUCAGCGUGCUCCCAGAUGCGCUGAAGGUGGGGCUACUCGCGAACGUGGUAGUUGUAGGGGGCAAUUCGCUGAUCAAAGGCUUCAUGGAGAGGCUCAAACGUGAGUUGAGGACGCUGGUUCCAAGCGAGUAUACGCUCAAUAUUUCACGGGCAGACGACCCUAUCAGGCACACUUGGCUGGGUGCUGCGCGGUUCGCCAGUCAGCCGGCGCUGCUGAAGGAAGCCCUGGUGAGCAAGGCCGACGACGUCCAUCUCAUCACAGCCGCCGCAAUGCGCAGGAUACCGCGCCCCUCGCGGGCAAUCGACGCGUCGUCAUUCUUGCAGUGCUCGGUGCGGCCGCAGACCGCAUCGCCCUGCACGCACCUCCGCGCCUUCUCGUCGACGCCCUCUGCGGCGUUCCUCGUGCCGGCCGGCAAGCAGGACAAGAAGAAGCACCAGCAGUUCGUGCGCCGAUGGCAGAAGCGCCUCCUGGGUGAAUCCGAGCCCAUUGGCGCCCACGUGGACCCCUACGACCCGACAUCGCCCGUGCGGAUCGCGCCUGAGGACCAGGGUGAAGAGAUCGAAGUCCUCGACGAAGACGCCGCUCCGUCGUUCCCGCAGUACCAGGAGGCCAGCCAUGCACGUAAGCUGAGGCAUGUCGGCGGCGACGCAUGGCUGGCGAAGACGGCAGAGGGCGACAUGGCCAAGGAGUUUGAGAAGCUCACGCUGCGGACGUACACGCCGCUGAGUCUGGACAUGGCUGACCAGAUCGAGGAGUGGACGGGCACGCCGUACACGCUGCACGACGAGAAUCUGCUGAUGGCGCAGACGGUGCACCAGAUCACGGGACGGCCGUACACCAAGCUGAAGUACGUUGCAGCACCUACUCUGCUUCUAAGGAAGGCUUUCGCCCAGGCCGUGGCCGAGAUCUACACACUCAGGCAGGCGGGUCUGGACAUGGACCUUUCCAAGCUGCCCAACCGCGGCGUGUACAAGCGCCCGUCGUGGGUCAAGAACGUCAAGCUCUACAACACCUCGAGCGGCGAGCUUGCUCUCGCCUUCCCCAAGUAUAGGAGCGCUGAACAGUUCAUCAAGCUCAUGCAGGAUACGCCUGAGUGGGAUACUUUUGAACCUGAGACUUUCGAGGAGGACGACCUUCUAGUCGAGGAUGUGUUGACGCCUGUUACCCCCGAGGCGCCUGCUGCUGUGCCCGUCAUGGAUCCUUCGACGCCCGAGUACAAGAGGGCUGCUGUUGUAAAGCAGGACCCCGAGAAGACGUUCGACUUUAUGUCCAACCGUCCCGUUCCCCGCGCAAAACCUAGCGCGACUCUUGCCGAAACUGCCGAUGCAGGCCUCGCCGAGGAAGUCCUGCAAGCUGAGCAGCCUGUCCCUGUCCAGCCCGCCCCCGCCCGCCACGCUGAACUCGAAACGCGCGCCCAAAGCCUCACGGAUGCCAUUGCCACACUGCGGAAAGAAGCGCUUGUGAAUGCCGAGAACACCGCUUCACAAGUUAACGAGGUCAUGUGGCGCCAUGUUCCGCUGACCGACAACGACGUCAAGUUUGCCCUGUUCAAACGCAUUCUUCAACUUACCGGUACCCGUAUCCCCGACCCCCUUCUCUCCUCGUCCCGCACUCUCGGCGAUGUAUACGGUCACCUGCGUGACGCGGCGAAGCCCGCGCCCAUCUCCCUAUUCUCUGCACUUCAUACAGAGGGUCAGUACAUCCGUGAGAAGGCUAAGAACCAAAUCACCACGCUUGAUCAUUCGAGCCAGAAAAAGAAAGCAGAUUUGGGUGACUUGCUGAUGCUGGGGAAUGUCGAGCUGAGGAAGAGCAAGCCGACGAAGACUGAGAAGAGAACUAAGACGGGCAUGGAGAAGGUCGUACAAGGAGGGAAAAGGAAUAUCGAGGUGCCAGUGGGCACACCAUUGAGUCGCAAGAGCGCGAACUUCUUGGCUGAGAAGACUACGCAGGUAGCGUAA